AUGACUUCAACAGUUUUCUUAAUUAUUCUUACUCAUAUUUUCUCUAUCUUUUCCCUCAAGUUUUUCCAAGAUUUUUUAAUAGUUAAUGUGGCCCUUCCGGAAUCUUUUUUUCUGUCAUUUAUUUGUCUUUCUCUUUUUUUUUCAAUUUCCAUUCAGCUUGUCAUAUUUGUUUGUUUCUUUCUUUUCGACAAUUUAUUUGUUCAAUUUCUCCUUUUUCUUCUCAUUUUGUUUUUAUUUUUAUUCAUUCAUCUAUUCAUUUUUCUUUCUUUCUUUUCGACUUUCUUCUCUUCCAUUUUCCUUUCCUUCUCCCUUAUCUACUCAUUCUGUUUUUAUUUUCAAUCAAUCUUUCUUUCUCUAUCUAUUUUUUUCGUUUUGAUUUUCUGUUUCUUUCAUUUUAAUUUCUUUUCUCAUAAUUUCUCAUUCUUUCUUUCUUUCUUUUUAUUUUUCUUUUCUACUUCCUGUUUCUUCCAUUUUCCUUUCUUCACCUACUCUUCUCAUUCAGUUUUUAUUUUCUUUCUUUCGUUUUCUAUUUUCGUCUUUUUUCUUUCCGUCUUUUUCUAUUUUUCAUCUUUUUCUUUCUUCCUUCCUUUCCUUCUUUCGUUCGUUCUUUGUUUUCUGGUUUUGAUUUUUCAUUCUUCUCUUUAUUUUUCUUCCAUUUUCUUUUCGUUUUUUUCCAUUUCAAACUCUCGUUUACUCUCUUUGAUUUUUCCUUAUGUUUUCCAUUUAUUUUAUUUGCAUCUUCAUUCAUCUAUUCUUCUGUCCUUUCUUCUCUCAGGUUGCUUUUUCCUUCUUUCAUUUUUAUACACUCUUUUCGUUUCUUUAUUGUAUUUUCUUUCUAUCUUUUUUUUUUACUUCUCUUUAUAUCUCAUAUCGUCUGGCCAUCCCUUUUCAAUACGUUUUCUUUUCCUCUCUUCUCUUUGUCCUUCGUUUUUUCUUAGUGCAUUUUUUCUUUUCUUCGCUUAUCAUUCAUGCAAUUAUCUCUUUUUUCUUUCAUUUUGUUCCCUCUUCUUCUCUUUUACUUUUCUUUGUUCUUCUGACUUUUCUUUCGUUAACUCCUCUUUCUUUUCCAUUUCUCUUCAAUUAUUUCCGAAAUCAUUUCCUGUUGGCCGAGAUAGUUACAACAAUAGACACUAUUCGCCCUCAGUUAAUAGGAAUUAUUUGAAGUCAGAAUCGCAGAACUGGAUUUCCUUACUAGUGCAUUUUUCUUUUCUUCGCUUAUCAUUCAUUCUAUCAUCUUUUUUUCUUUCAUUUUGUUCUUUCGUCUUCUCUUAUACUUUUCUUUUUUCUUCUGACGUUUCUUUCGUUAACUCCUCUUUCUUUUCCAUUUCUUUUCAAUUAUUUUCUUCGCUGGUGAUGAAGAAGUUUUUCUCAGCUUUAUUAUACCUUUAUUCUUUCUUUCUAUCCUUUCUUUCAUUCUUUCUUUCUAUUCUUUCUUUCUAUUCUUUCUUUCUAUUCUUUCUUUCUAUUCUUUCUUUCAUUCUUUCUUUCAUUCUUUCUUUCUAUCCUUUCUUUCAUUCAUUCUUUCUAUCCUUUCUUUCAUUCUUUCUUUCUAUUCUUUCUUUCUAUCCUUUCUUUCAUUCUUUCUUUCUAUUCUUUCUUUCAUUCUUUCUUUCUAUUCUUUCUUUCAUUCUUUCUUUCAUUCUUUCUUUCUAUUCUUUCUUUCUAUCCUUUCUUUCAUUCUUUCUUUCAUUCUUUCUUUCUAUUCUUUCUUUCUAUUCUUUCUUUCAUUCUUUUCUUUCUCAUUUCUUCUUUCUAUCCUUUUUCAUUUUUCUUUUUUCUAUUCUUUUCUUUCUAUUCUUUCUUUUAUCCUUUCUUUCUUUUUUUCUAUCCUUUCUUUCUUUCAUUCUUUCUUUCUAUCCUUUCUUUCUAUUCUUUCUUUCAUUCUUUCUUUCUAUUCUUUCUUUCUAUCCUUUCUUUCAUUCUUUCUUUCUAUUCUUUCUUUCAUUCUUUCUUUCUAUCCUUUCUUUCAUUCUUUUCUUUUAUAUUAUUUCUUUCUUCUUUCAUUCUUUCUUUCUAUUCUUUCUUUCUAUCCUUUCUUUCAUUCUUUCUUUCAUUCUUUCUUUCUAUUCUUUCUUUCUAUUCUUUCUUUCUAUCCUUUCUUUCAUUCUUUCUUUCUAUUCUUUCUUUCUAUUCUUUCUUUCAUUCUUUCUUUCUAUUCUUUCUUUCUAUCCUUUCUUUCAUUCUUUCUUUCCUUCUUUCUUUCUUUCUUUCUUUCUUCUAUUCUUUCUUUCAUUCUUUCUUUCAUUCUCCUUUUCUUUCAUUCUUUCUUUCAUUCCUUUCUUUCAUUCUUUCUUUCUAUUCUUUCUUUCUAUUCUUUCUUUCAUUCUUUCUUUCUAUUCUUUCUUUCUAUCCUUUCUUUCAUUCUUUCUUUCAUUCUUUCUUUCUAUUCUUUCUUUCUAUUCUUUCUUUCAUUCUUUCUUUCUAUUCUUUCUUUCUAUUCUUUCUUUCUAUUCUUUCUUUCUAUCCUUUCUUUUAUUCUUUCUUUCAUUCUUUCUUUCUAUUCUUUCUUUCAUUCUUUCUUUGUAUUCUUUCUCUCAAUUUUCUAUUUCAUUAUUCCUUUCUUUCUUUUUUCUUUCUUUCUUUCUUUUCGACCGUUUCUCUUCUCUUAAUUUUCUAUUUCAUUAUUCCUUUUUAUCAUUCUUUCUUCCUUUCUUUCUUUUCACUCGUUUCUUCUCUCUUAAUGACUUAUUCCUAUCUUUUUUUUCUUUCUCAUUAACACUUUUACAUCCUUCUUUUUUCCGAUCUUCUUCUUCAUUUAAUCUACUUCUCUAUCUAUCAAUUUUUACCAGUCACCGAAAGAGUUUCUUUGUUUCCUUUAUGACAUAUUAUUUUUUGUUUCUUCCAUCUUCCUUCAAGUGUUUCAUUUUUAUUAUCUAUUUUAACUUCCGUGAUUUCUAUCUUCCACCAAUUUAUGUGUCAUUCUUUCUUACCCCUAUUCCGAUAUCCAUGAAAUGUGCGUCCAUAUGUGUCUGUAUGUGCCUGAUGUGUCUCCUCAUUUUGUGUCUUUCGUUCAUUUCGUUUAUCUAUGCCUACGUAAUUUGCCGUUCCCAUACUGUCCAUCGCUUCUCGCCAUUUUUCUUUUCUCGCCACACACACACACUGGAUACCCUAAUUUUCUUUUUUUUUAAUAGUUUGUUAUUCGUUUUGUUGUUUCCUGUUGGGAUCUCAUUCGAUAUGAAGCUGUCCACAAGGCACGAUGACUCACUAAAGGUUGGAAUGAUGAAGGAAAAAAGAGAAAGCCGUAAGCCUGAUAUUGGAAGGCCGUGGUUUAUAGGUAGUAGGCAUGCGGAUUGA